UUGAGAUGUCGCCGGUGUGCUCGAUAAUACCAGCGACGUUGGUUAUAAGAAUCUCGCGGUACAGGAAGUCGGUUUAGUAUCCAGAAAAACAAGUGAAAAGAUUCGAUCGCCGGACGGUUGGGAUUGAAUCAAUCAAUCAGUUGGUUUUCUAAAUGGAAGGUCAGAAAAGCCACGCGAAGCUCACGAGGACCCAGUCGUCGCUGCUGCGGUCGUCGCCGACGAUUCGAUCCUCCAUUCACAGCCUCAACUCCGUCACGGAGGAGGACGUCUUUGCCGCCAACGAAAACCACCACUACGACGAAGAAGAGCAGAAACCCAAGAAUUACAAUCCCGUACCGACCCACCAGAAAUCCGGGUCGACCCGGAUCAACCACCAGCACCUGGCGAUGGCCGCCGUCACACUCUUCACCCUCUUCAGCUUCUCCGGCUUCUUCUUCUUCUUCUACCUCCGCCGCGAAGAAGUACCCAUCUCCGAAAACCUCCUCCUGGCGCUGGUCUUCGUCGCCUUCACGCUUUUCUUGGCGAACAAGAACAAGGGUCUGAUCAACCGCAGCGUCUCCGUCCUCAAGCAUUCCUGGGACGAGAAUGCAAAGCGGUGCUGCUUCCACCGGUUCUACAAGACCAACGGAGGCGCGAAGCCGGUCCAGUGGUUCAUCGGGUCGGACCCGAACCCAAACAAGACCCGGAAGGAGAAGAAGAUCAUAAGGGAAGGGGUCGAAUUCUAUAGCAAUGGGGAUUUCUACGAGGGGGAAUUUCACAAGGGGGAGUGCAAUGGCAGUGGGGUCUACAAUUACAUGGUCAACGGCAGAUACGAGGGGGAUUGGAUCGACGGCCGAUACGACGGCUACGGAAUUGAGGGCUGGGCGAGAGGGAGCAGAUACAAGGGGCAAUACAGGCAGGGACUGAGGCAUGGUUAUGGGGUUUACAGAUUCUCGGCGGGAGAUUCGUAUGCAGGGGAGUGGUGCAAUGGGCAGAGCCACGGCGUCGGAGUGCAGACUUGCUCUGAUGGCAGCCGCUAUGUUGGUGAAUUCAAGUAUGGCGCCAAGCACGGCCUCGGUUGCUACCAUUUCAGAAAUGGAGAUAGAUAUGCCGGUGAAUAUUUUGGAGACAAAAUGCAUGGAUUCGGCAUCUACGACUUUGCGAAUGGACAUUGUUAUGAGGGGUCAUGGCACGAAGGCCGGAAGCUAGGAUAUGGCGUUUACACUUUUCGAAAUGGCGAUGCAAGAUGUGGUAUAUGGGAUGGUGGCACCCUUAAGCACCCUCUUCUGCCGCUAACCGAUGCAGUUGUUCGAGCAGUUCAGGCUGCUGGGAAAGCAGCGAAGAAUGCUGUUAACCUUCGGCGAGUGGACGAACAAGUGAACAAGGCAGUCAUGGCCGCGAACAGAGCCGCCACUGCUGCCAGAGUUGCUGCUGUCAAAGCCGUUCAAAACAGAAUGGACGGAAAAUUUUGUGAUACGAGUGUCUAAAAGACACCAUCUUUUCUUUUGGUAGUGUAAAUUUUCACUAAUUUUAAGUGCUUUCGACAAUGUCAACCCGGCGAGCAAAAGCUGAUCGGAGGUUGAGAGAGAGAGAGAGAGAGAGAGUGUGUGUGAGUGAGAGCAUGUUUUCGAGGCUUGGAUCAUCACACUGUAACUUGUACAUACAUCAUGUAUAUGAAAUGGAAGAAGAAAUUUCUGA